CCGCUGAGAACAUAGAGCUAUCGGCCAUCAUCGACGCAAUCGGGCCUCGCAUUGCCGUCCGCUACAAUGGCUACCGCACAAGCGCAGACCUUCACUCCGACCAAGGUCGUGAGGAGUGAUUACCCACUCAUCGAUAACGACCCCCACUUCAAAAGAGUUGUCGGCUAUGCCCGGCCUUCCGAUUAUCUACAUGGUGCUGUAGCUGCUGCCUUCGGUCCCGGCGCUCUCCUCGUCCUGGAGAAGUUUGCUCCUUCCCACGUUGGCAAGGGAGGUAUGGCUCAGGCUUUACGCUUGGCUGGAGCCAUUGGUGUGGCUGGUGGCUUUCUAUACUUUUACCAGCGCUCUAGCUUGCGGUUUUACGGGGCCACCGAGAACGCUCGCGAAGUUGAGCUGGACAUGAAGGAAAUGGUUUCUAAGGUCAAGGCCGGCGAGCCGCUUUACGGCGAGAGCAGAUUGACUCCUCACUUGCAAGGCGUCGCUGCGCGACAAUCUAGAUAUUCGGCCUUGUUCAUGGGUGUUAUUCCUUGGUUCAACUUUGUCAACCACAAUCAACAUGGCGUUGAUACGGCCAAGUACUAUCAGCAGGCUGAGAGGGAACUCGAAGCUGAGCGUACACAAAAAGCUAGCCCAUGAUACCUACCAUUCAUUGGUGAUCAUAUGGGUUCAACUGAGUGUGUAUUAUAGCUUGGGCAAAAAAAUGGUAGCCUUAGAGGGGCAUUUUAGCAAUUACGCUGAACACUCCCUGAAUUUCCUCCAAACCUGUGAUGUCUUCAGAUCUGACCUGCCAGUGCGGGAGAGGCGUGUGUCUGGGUCAUUGUUAUUGUAACGGUUGCAAGUGACCAAGCAUCACCGUGC